GAUUUUUAAUUUUAAAAGAUAGAGAGAAGUGAGAGACUUGGUGGAGCUCAUCGGCAAUCCGGCAUGGCAACAGUGACGAGAGGCGGCGCCCUCCUCAUCUCCUCCUCCUCCUCCGCCUUUCUCGCAGCUCACCGUCGUCAUCCUCCUCGAAUCCCUUUCCUACGAUGCCUUGGUCUUCAAUCCAAUGCUGGAGGACGCUUCCUCUCUGUUGUCCUGCCCUUGCAGCCUCCCUCGUCCCUGAGACGGCGACCUUGGUGCUCAUGCGUACCUCCCACUGGCAUGGCGGCGUCACCAGAAGCCAUAACCUCUCCUGCGCCUUCAUCGACAUUGGAAUCGCCAUCACCCUCCUCCGAUCCGAUAAAGGAUGCUGCGGAUGGCCUGGACAUCAGGGUGGGGCGAAUCAUCAAGGCCUGGAGGCAUCCCGAGGCUGAUUCCCUCUACGUUGAGGAGGUGGAUGUGGGGGAGGAGGAGCCUCGGACCAUUUGCAGCGGCCUCGUUAACUACAUACUACUAGAUAAUCUCCAGGAUAUUAAAGUCAUCGUCUUGGCUAAUCUAAAGCCAAGGAACAUGCGUGGAAUCAAAUCUUAUGGAAUGUUGAUGGCUGCUUCUGAUGCGCCUCAUGAAACGGUUGAGCUUCUCAUACCUCCUGAAGGUUCAGUCCCUGGUGAAAGAAUUUGGUUUGGUUCUGAAGAGGAAAAGGAGCAACAACCAGAUGCAGCCACUCCAAAUCAGGUUCAAAAGAAAAAACUAUGGGAAAGUGUUCAGCCCCAUCUAAAGACAACAGAUGCAUGUGUUGCUGUGCUUGGUGAGCGUCCAAUGAGAACUAGCGCUGGUGUGGUUGUCUGCAGCUCUUUGAAGAAAGCAAACAUCUCCUAACAAUUUUGCAUCUAAGCGGUGCUUUAGAAAAAAAAAAUACCAAGAUGGAUGUGUUAAUUUUUGAGAAAAUUAUGUUCAUUUUUUUUAUCUUGAACAUGCAUUGUAACCAAAGAUACAAGAAGAACCUUUCAUCCUGUCCAUCAUUCAGAGAACAACUGUAAUUCAAGGAAUUCAUGUUUAAUGAAAGGCGCGCUCUCAUUUUUGCAAA